GCCCCGCUGCCAGGGGCGGGGCGGGGGCGGGGCCGGAGGCGGCCGACGCCGCCGUGCGUGAGGCGGGGCUUGCGCCGAGAAGCCCCCUCAUUGGCUGAACGCGGUUGGCCCCGCCCCCGAGCGUGGCGUUUUGUUGUGGCCUCGGGAGGGCGGGGCCUCUCUGACGUCACGGAAGCCCUCUCCUUGCCCCGCUUGCGAGCGCCGCGUUCCUAGUAUGCCUGACGUCAGCACGGCUGAAGAGAGCAUUGGUUGCUUUAUGCCCCCCAGCUCUGACGUCACAAACGUCACCUGCCGUUAAAAAAUAAAAUAAAAGUCUCUCCUUUCUCUUGCUUGAGGCGGAUUAGUUGGGGUCACGCAAUGUCUGCUUGGUGCUUUGUCUGGGUGCCCUUCCCUGCUGUCACCCCUCAGGGUCUGCGUCAGUGGCUGAGGCGAGGCGGGUGCCCACAUGAUGCCACCACCCUUUGGGCGAAGUCCGGUGCUGUCAGGGCCGGUGGCUCUGCCCAGGUGUGUGGGACGAGCCCAGCCGUUGCCCCUAUCGCUGGCAUCAGGGCCAUUCAGGCUGGAGCAGCCCGCCAGAGCAGGCCGCAACAUCCACAUGAAGCGACUCCGCCGGGGAGGCCGAGGCACCCAGGGAUGCUUGGAGACCCCCUCCUGGGUGCUGCGGUGUCAGCCCUGCUGGGCGUGCAAAGGCCACUCGCAGAGAUUUCAAAGACAGCAACCUUUUAUUUCCUGCGGCCCCAAGAACAACGCAGGCGGAGAGCUGGCCUUUGCUGAGGGGCUGCGGCUGUCUCCGAAGGUGCCCGAGUCUGAAAGAAGGGCUGAGAAGAGAGGCAGACGCAGCUGUGCCCUCCCUUUCAAACUGAAGCCUUGGAGGACUUAAAUCUCCAAAGCGAAGAAAACCCGCCGUCCCCUCCCCCUCCCUGCUGAGAUGUUUCCCCUUCCUCUGUCCCCCGUCUGCCCCAGCUGCUUUCCCAGCUGUCCGGGGGCGAGGGACUCUCAGAGCCGCUCCUGCCCGCUCCAGCUGGGCCAUGCAGGGCCUGGGCUCCCUAUGGCAGCGACAGCAAUAGUGGCUCCCCAUGCCUGCUCCUGGAGGGACCCAGCAGCAACCCCCCACACUGUUGCUGUUCCCACCUUAGCCCAGUGCCUGGGCAGCUGGAGUGAGCAGGGACAGCUGUGACGUUAGCCCUGCCCCUGGACAGUGUGGAAAGCAGCAGGGACUGGAGGGGAGGGGAACCUCUGAGUAUGAAGGGGAAGGCAGGGAUGCUCAUCUGUUUUGGGAACUUUAAAAAGUCUGUAGUGGCUCCUGCCCGCGCUGGUGGGUUGGGGUGGAGUGGGAGGCUGGGAGCAGGGGUGCACCCACAGCCACCCUGCAGCUGGCUUGGCUGCUCCUGCACCCCCUUUGCAAACCCCUGGAUCUUUCCCUGGUGGAGAACCGCUGACAUGCACAGUGAAAUAAAACAAAACACAAGGUGGCUUUGAAUUAAAAUCAGCUCUAAGCUGAUUCUAGGGGACAGGUACAGUAUAUGGCUUCUCCCAGGAUCAGAGUAGGAAUUGCUGGCUGGUCUGCUGCUCUCAGCUGAAGUGAGACAGCUGGAGAAGGGAGUGUUCAUAUUGCUCCUCUGAACUCCCUGCCUCUGCCCUGGCACAAAGCAGGUUUGGCAGGUCGGUAAGGAGCAGCAUUCAAUGCUUGGGUAGAGAGGAUGACAUUGUUACAGAGGGCUCUUGGGGAAGAAGCAGAAAAGAUAAACUGGGGUAAAAGAGUGCAGCAGACCCUUCAACCCUGCUGGCAUCUGAAUAAAGGUAUGAGACAGGACAAGGAGUCUCUGCUGUGUGGUAUCGGUUAUAUGCCUUAUUUCUCUUCUAUCACAUAAUGAAACAAUAAUAAUACCAUCAAUUUCUUCUCUCUCAUAAAAAGAAAGGCGUGGUUCUCUACUUUGUAACUAAUCUCCAAAGAAGGUGCCAUAUGGUGCUGAAGGAUGAAAGUGAUAGUGGUCUAUAAUAUCAAGGCCCUGAAAUUAGUCAGCCAGGCUGCUCACAUCCAGACUAAUUCGUGUUUAGUACAUUACUGAUACAACUCACAUGUUGGACCUACCCAGUGGAGGUCAGGUGUCUCCCUUUUUUACAACCUGGACUUUGCCCCCUCUGGCAUUUGUGAAUCUUUGUAGCUUCAUUAUUUCUUCAGCGCUCUAGGACUUUAAACAAAAAUGUCUCCAGACUGACUCUCUGACCUUCUCAACACUGCCUACUUCUAAACCAGCAAAAACGAUCUCUUCCUGAAAAACCUUCAAAAACCUGGAACUAGGAUGGGUUCCUGGUGGCAACUGCUACAGUCCUUGCUUUACAUCCAUGUGCUGCUGCCACUCUUUGCUGAAGGUGUCACCAGAGUCUAUUACCUGGGAAUCCACGAGGUGAAAUGGAACUAUGCUCCAACAGGGAAGAACAUAAUCAGCGACCUAAACAUUACAGCUGACUUGGAAGCCUCUGCAUUCCUCCAGCCUGGCAAGGACAGGGUAGGAAGCAUAUACAAAAAAUCUGUCUAUAAGCAAUACUCAGACUCCACGUACACAACUGAGAUCAGCAAACCUGCCUGGCUGGGGUUUCUUGGGCCCAUCAUCCGAGCUGAAGUGAGCGAUACCAUUCUUGUACACCUAAAAAAUUUUGCCAGUCGGCCAUACACGAUCCAUCCUCAUGGCGUGUUCUAUGAAAAGGACUCAGAAGGGUCCCAGUACCCCGAUGUGUCCUCACCGGAGCAUAAGAAGGAUGAUUCCAUUCCACCAGGAGGGAAUCAUACAUAUACUUGGACUAUACCUGAAGGUCAUAGCCCAACAGCUGAUGACACAAACUGCUUGACCUGGAUCUACCACUCUCAUAUUGAUGCACCAAAGGAUGUUGCUUCUGGGUUAAUUGGGCCAUUACUCACAUGCAAAGAAGGAGUGCUAACUGGCACCUCCCAAAGGAGGCAUGACAUGGACCUUGAUUUCUUUUUGAUGUUCAGUGUCAUAGAUGAGAACCUGAGCUGGUACUUGGAUGAGAAUAUUGCUUCUUUCUGCACUGACCCAGGCUCUGUCAACAAGGAAGAUGAGGAGUUUCAAGAGAGCAACAGAAUGCAUGCUAUUAAUGGUUACUUGUUUGGCAACCUGCCAGAUCUGACAAUGUGUGCUGGGGAUCAGGUAGCAUGGCACCUCUUUGGGAUGGGCAAUGAGAUUGACAUCCACACAGCCUUCUUCCAUGGACAGAUGCUUACCAUCAGAGACCACAAGACUGAUGUGGCUAGCCUUUUCCCAGCUACUUUUGUGACAGCCCACAUGAUUGCCAUUAACCCUGGGAAAUGGCUUCUGAGCUGUCCGGUCAAUGAUCACUUCAAAGCUGGAAUGGAGGCACUCUAUGAAGUCAGACAUUGUUCUCAGAAAACUCCGGAGUCAGCCCUUACAGGGAAAGUCCGGACAUACUACAUAGCUGCAAAGGAAGAACAGUGGAAUUAUGGACCCUCAGGACUUGACCUGAGCACUGAGGAGAGCUUGCAGGAGCCAGGGAGCUCUGCUGAGCAGUUCUUCAAGCGGGGCCCCGGUCGGAUUGGGGGAACUUACUGGAAGGCCAGAUACACGGAAUACACUGAUGCAACUUUCCGGGUGGAAAAAGAGCGAUUGAAAGAAGAGAAGCAUCUUGGGAUACUUGGUCCAGUGAUAAAAGCUGAAGUGGGAGACACCAUCUUGGUGAUGUUUGCUAACAAAGCCUCCUGGCCCUUCAGCAUUCAGCCCCAUGGAGUACUUUAUGGGAAGGAAUGGGAAGGAGCUAUCUAUCACAAUGGCCUGUCAUGGAAUGGAGUCUCUGUUAAACCUCUCCAUAAUUUCACGUAUCGCUGGACAGUACCACAGCAUGUUGGACCCACAGCCAGUGACCCUCCCUGUUUAACCUGGAUGUACUCCUCUGCUGUGAAUCCUUACAGAGACACUAACUCAGGCUUAGUUGGCCCCCUAUUGAUCUGCAAACCUGGAACUCUGAGUGAGAACAACAAACAGAAAGGGAUCGACAAGGAGUUUUACCUUCUCUUCAGUGUGUUUGAUGAGAAUCUCAGCUGGUAUUUAAGUGCAAACAUAAAGUACCAUUUGAAAGUGGAAGAGGCCUCUGUAGAAAAGAAUGAAGCUUUCGAGGAGUCCAACAGAAUGCAUGCCAUUAAUGGAUUUAUGUUCUCUAACAUGCCCAAGCUGGAGGUAUGUAAAGGAGACACUGUAGCCUGGCACCUGAUGGGCCUGGGAACUGAGGCAGAUGUGCAUGGAGCUGUGUUCCAGGGAAAUACCUUUCAAAUUAAUGGGAUGAGAAGAGAUACAGUCAAUCUCUUCCCUCACACAUUUGCCACUGCCUUCAUGCAGCCUGAUAACAAAGGGAAUUUUGAGAUCUAUUGCCAAACAACCAACCACUAUCUGUCUGGGAUGAGGGAGCAGUACUUUGUUUCUGAAUGCGGCAAAAAGAUUCCUGCUCUUGCCCAGCGCUAUGAAGGAGUGAGGACAUACUACAUCACGGCAGAGGAGGUGGAGUGGGAUUAUGCACCAGAUCGUAGCUGGGAGCUGAAACGAUACAACAAUUCUGGGAAGGAAAGCUAUGGCAACAUAUUUCUGAGCAAUGAGAAUGGACUCCUUGGCUCCAAGUACAAGAAAGCAGUUUACAGGGAGUACACUGAUGGGACAUUCAAGAUACUCAAGAACAGGAGCAGUGAUGAUGAGCACUUAGGGAUCUUGGGUCCUUUUAUCUGGGCAGAAGUUGGAGAUGUCCUCAAUAUUGUGUUUAAGAACAGUGCUACCCGCCCCUACUCCAUUCAUGCACAUGGGGUACUGGAAAAGAAUGAUGGACAGCUGGAAGCUGCAAUGCCUGGUGAAAUUGUAACAUACCGGUGGGACAUCCCGGAAAGGUCUGGCCCAGGAUCCAAUGAUUCUGCCUGUGUUUCGUGGGUCUACUACUCCAUGGUAGACCCAGUAAAGGAUAUGUACAGUGGCCUGAUUGGCCCCCUAAAGGUCUGCCGAAAAGGGAUACUGCACCCUAAUGGGAAAAGGAAGGACAUGAACAAGGAGUUUGCUCUCCUUUUCCUGGUUUUUGAUGAAAAUCAGUCCUGGUAUCUGGAGGAAAAUGUGGAAACUCAUGGGGAUCAGAGCAAGAUCAACCUGGAAGAUGAACGAUUUAUAGAGAGCAAUAAAUUGCACGCCAUAAACGGUAGGGUCUAUGCAAACCUGCCUGGGCUGACUAUGUACCAAGGAGACUGGGUGAGCUGGUACCUACUGGGAAUGGGCCAAGAGAUUGAUGUGCACACAGUCCAUUUUCAUGCCGAAAGCUUCACACAGAGGUAUGGCAAGAUGUACAGAGCGGAUGUUGUGGAUCUGUUUCCUGGGACUUUUGUGAUGGUGGAGAUGCUGGUUGGGAACCCUGGGACUUGGCUGCUUCAUUGCCAUGUUUCAGAUCAUAUCCACGCUGGUAUGGAAAUACUUUUCCACGUCUUACACAAACCAGAGCCAGUGGCAAAAGUCAAACAGGCUGGAGGAGUGACAACUCCUCCGGAUGAUGAGUCAAAGUAUUUCAGUAUGUUUGGAUAUAAACUGGAUCCAGGGCAAGUGCAGACCACAAUCAUCAUUCUGACCGUUGCAGGAAUUGUACUGUUCCUCACUGCCAGCUUCCUGCUGGGAGUGAUCAUCCGUCUUGAAAGGCAAAAAAAAUUAAGACGCAACAGGAGAUCCAUACUGGAUGAUGGCUUCAAACUCAUGUCUCAAAAGAAUCAAGUGAUUUAGCAGCUAUGAAAAGCCUUAAUCCCAUACCUGGAGCAUAGUUUAGAACAUCUUUGCCAGCAAGGACUGUGGGGUAUCAUUUCAAACAUUAGCAAGUGACCCACCUUGGAAAGCCAAACAAGGAGCUCUGCAGCCCUAAUUUCUCCCCUACACUCCUCAGUGCCUUGCUAACAGAAAAUGUUCCCACGGAAGAUCUUUGAACCCAUUCAGCUAGUGGAGGAGAAGUAGCAAAGGCACAAAGGUUUCUGUAGUGCAUUUCUGUUCCUGAAGAAGACGACACAAUGAUGAGCCAGGUUCACUUGAUCUAAUUGUCUUUCCCAACUGAAGAAGAACUCUUCCACAGAAUUCCACGUUCACUCCACUGCUAGAGCUGGGUUGGCCACUGUCUUCUUAAGGACCACAAGCCUGACUGAACUGAACCCAAAUAGCCCAAACUAAACAAGAAUUGCUGGUAUCUGAAAGUAAGAUAAAAAUGCAGGGGAGAAGGUAUUUUCAUUAGAUUUGAUUUCUCUAUUUUUAUGAGCAGUGAGGCAAAUGCACAUAUUAUGCAUAAUGAGUACAUCUAUACUAGGUUCCUGCCCAAGCUUCCAGCCAACUAAUCCACCUAUUUAUGUGUGCCAAACCUGGACAAGUGGUGAUGGGGGCACUCCUGGGUAUCCUUCCAUUGCUGCUGUCAGAUACAUCAGUGACUGAAUCUUAGAAUUAGCCACAGAAGGAUACCUCUCAAAGUGCUUCACUGCCAUGUUUCUGGGUUUGGCACUUGGAAGCAAGAGUGGGAGACCCUGGCAGUGGUGGAGACAUGGUGGAGAUGUAUUCAAUGGCAUAGUGUCUGAAUGACUCCAUUUAGGAGCAUAACAAUGGCUGUGCCUCAGCCAUCAGCACUGCUGACAUAUCACUGUGCAUAUACAUACCUCAGGGAAAAUGUUUCAGCUAAUGCUUCCAGAGCUUCAGUAUAUGUGAUUGUGGGGAAAUAAAGCUUUUACAAGUGCUGUCAAAUGCCUUGACAAUUCCCAAUCUGUAAGUGGAAAUUAAAGUGCAAUAUAUAAGUGUUUGUACAGUUCCCAGGACAAUGGUGAGCUGAUAUGCUGUAAAACUGUGUGAUUUGAUUCUCUUUCUCCACUUUGUGUCAAAUAUAUAUUAUUUUAUUUAAGCUAA